ACACACGCCGAUCGAUUUUUGGAAGACAACUUGCGUGUUCGAAAAAAAAAAAAAAAGGAGAGAGCGAGAGAAAUAGAAAGAAAGAGGGAUAAUAAGUUUAGCGGCAGAGACUGAUUUCCACUGGGUCCUCGCCAUGAUCAGCCUCCUAGUGCUCUUUUUGCCCCUGUCAACUUCUCUGCCCCUCUUGGGGUGGGUGGAGUCCCCCGGUUACCCCAGAGGGUACCCAAACGAGGCCAAGCUUGAGUGGAAGAGGUGUGCGCCCCCUGGCCACACCCUCUAUCUCACCUUCACGCACCUGGACUUGGAGGAAAGCGACGAAUGCAAGCAGGACGCAGUGGAGAUCUCCAGCGACGAAAGGAAGCUCGUCUCUCUGUGCGGCCGCAAGUCGUAUGAGGAGCUCCAGUCCUCCGUCAAUCCCUCGCUUCAGUCCUCCAUCUCGGGCUGUCUCAUGCUGUCGUUCCGCUCGGACUACUCCAACACCCAGAGACACAGCGGCUUCAGGGCCUUCUACACCGUGCAAGAUGUGGACGAGUGCGCGGAUCCCGACAACGCCUGCAAUCAGUUCUGCGGCAACUACAUCGGAGGGUACCGCUGCUCCUGCUGGCCGGGCUACUACCUGGAGAAGGACGAUCACACCUGCACAGUGAACUGCUCCGUGGACCUCUCGGGCUCUGUCCGGGGCACGGUGUCGAGUCCGGGUCGGCCCGGCCCGUAUCCUCAGUACGCACUCUGCUCCCACACACUGGCGGUGGAGGACGACCUGCAGCUGGUCCUGGAGUUCACGGGGGAGUUUGACGUUCAGGAGGGGCAGGGAGGCCAGUGCAUCGACUCUGUGAUGAUUAAAACCCCCACUCAUCAGUUUGGACCCUUCUGUGGGAACGUUCCUCCCCCGUCCCCGCUCCUCACCAGAUCGCACCAGGUCGAGAUCCUCUUCAGCUCGGAUGGAGACGGAACCAACAGCGGGUUUCUCCUCAGCUACAAAACCACAGCAAAGACGUGUCCCAGUGAAGUGACACCGAAUUCGAGGGUGAACCCGCAGAAGCCCCAAUAUCAACAAGGCGAGGAAGUCACUGUGACCUGUGACCUCGGGCAUUCCUCUUCCUCUAAUGACCAGGAGUACAGGUCUGUUUGUCAGAGUACCGGCAUCUGGAGCCCGGUCUUCCCAUGCCAAACCGUAGACUGCGGCAUCCCUGACAUUCCUGAGGACGAGCUCCUCCAGCUGUCGGGCCGGAGCAAUGGCACUCUGUACCAGGCUCAGGUCCGAUUCAAGUGCAAUUCUACCUACCACACGCUGGAACCAAACGACCCCUAUAUCUGUGAUGCACAAGGUGACUGGCGGUCUAAAAGUGGUCAAACUACCCUGCCAAAAUGUGUACCAGUAUGUGGAAAGACAGAGAACGAGAUCGUCAGCAGCAGAAUUUACGGGGGCCAGCGGGCGAAACCUGGGGACAUUCCCUGGCAGCUGUGGCUCUAUUCCCUCAACGGGGGGGCGGUCCUGAUCGACGACCGCUGGGCCGUCACGGCUGCCCACGUGGUGGAGAAAGACGAGGGAAGGCAACUGCGCAUUUAUGGGGGCCUGGUCCUCCGUCAAGGGGCGUCCGACAUCGAAAACGGCCACAGUCUCGAGGACGUAAAGGAGAAGUUCCGAUGGUUGGUGCUCUUGGAAUCUGAAAAGAUCAUAUUACAUCCUGCCUACGAGAAGGGAAGUAAGGACGUGCGCGUGAACUACGACAACGACAUCGCUCUGAUCAAACUGAAGUCCAGGGCCGAGCUGGGGCCUGCCCUCCUCCCCGUCUGCCUGCCAGAGAAGAACGGAGGGUCGAUGGAGGGUAAAGUGGGUACGGUCUCUGGCUGGGGUAGAACUGAGAAGAAAGCCGUGAGCUUGGCGUUAUUUUAUGCCGACAUCAUAGGUUACUCCCAAAAAAAGUGUUCCGAAGUUCCGAAGCAUCCAGGGCAGGAUAAGGCAAUGAUUUAUACGGGCAACAUGUUCUGCGCCGGAGGGGAAGGGAAAGACAGUUGCCAGGGUGACAGCGGUGGGCCCUUUGUUGUCCCCCCUCUCGGUGUGGGUAGCGGGCCGCACCGCCUGCACGGCAUUGUGUCCUGGGGUCCGGAAUGCAAGGACAAGGGUUACUACACCAAAGUGGAAAACUACGUGGACUGGAUCAAGGAGACGAUGGCGAAAGAAGAGAGAGAGAAGAGCGAAAUCGAAUCUACUCGUCUCACACAGAUCUUCAGUCUGACAGCCCUGGUAAUCAGCACCGUAUGUGGUAGGCUAGCGGUACGCUGCUCCUCAUUUCCGCAUACUUCAGUCGGCUCUACUCUGUUAAGAAACAUGGCCUGGAUCCAUCCAGUAGUCUGGCUACUUUGCGUAUAUGAAUGCUGGGGUUUAGCGAUCCCCAGGGCCUCCUCUGAGGCUGUUUUGCAUGGGGAACUGCAGUCACCCCUGCACCCCCAACCGUACCCGCCCUCGCUGUCGGAGCCAUGGUACCUCUCUGUACCCGAGGGCUACAGAAUCAAGCUGACUUUCAUCGACCUGGACAUCGAGCCGUCGCCCGACUGCUACUACGACUCUGUGACGGUGAUGUACAAGGAGAAAGUGUUGGGAAAGUUCUGCGGCCAGAAGAACUCCGUAGAUGGUCACCACCCUGGCAACGAACCCAUCCUGUCUCCAGGCAACCACCUCCAUGUCAUCUUCCAGACCGAUGAUUCCAACGCUGGGCCCCACCAGUACACUGGCUUCUCGGCCUUCUAUCAGGCUAUAGAUGUGGACGAGUGUGCCUUGCCCGAACCGGACGAUAGCUCGGGACCGCUGUGCUCUCAGAUCUGCCACAAUACCCUGGGCUCUUACCUGUGCUCCUGUCACCAUGGCUACGAGCUCAGACCUGACCAGCGAACCUGUGAUUUGCACUGCGGAGGGGGGCUUUUCUCCGAGCCAGAGGGAGUUCUGUCCAGUCCGGGAUACCCCCAGCCGUCCCCCCACGGACUGUCCUGUCAGUACCACAUCUCAGUGGAGCCCGGAUUUACCGUGACUCUCAAUUUUACCGGGCUGUUCCACAUAGAGACUAUAGAACAGGAUGACCGAAUAUGUCCCUUCCACUGGCUCCAGGUGUCAGUCCCAGGCGAAGACCCUAUGAAGCGGUGCGGGCAGAAGAGUCCGGGAGUCAUUCACACUCAGUCCCACAGCGUUGAGCUGGAGUACCACACUGACCUGCAGGGGCUCAGCCGCGGCUGGCACAUGCAGUACAGCACACACAGGGUGCAGUGUGAGUCUCCAAAGGCCAUUGCCCAUGGUAAAGUUACCCCCAGCCUUCCUCAGUAUCUCUACAGGGACUACAUCUCCGUACGGUGUGACAUUGGCUACAAGUUAAUGAUGGGGGGUGAAGAGAUUCAGAGCUACUUCUCAGUGUGUCAGAAUGAUGGCCAAUGGCACAUUCCUCUCCCCGAGUGUCACGUGAUUGACUGUGGGGAACCAACUCCUUUGUUGAAUGGAGGAGUAUCAUUUCUAUCUGGUGCCGAGAACAAGUACCUCUCUGUCAUUGAAUAUCGCUGCAAUGAACCAUUUUACUCCUUGGCAAAAGGAGCAACGGUAAAUUACACAUGCGCAGCAGACAGGAAGUGGAAAGACCACGAGAGCAAUUACAUCAUCCCCAAGUGUUUCCCAGUUUGUGGCCGUCCCACUGUCGCCUUCGCGGGCUUCCAGAGGGUGAUAGGGGGUGCAGAUGCACCAGAAGGAGCCUUUCCUUGGCAGGUUUUCUUAGUGUUGUCUGGGAGGGGUGGAGCGGCUGUGAUUGGGGAUCGGUGGCUCCUCACCGCAGCCCACAACGUGAUGACAACUGACACAAACCAGGUCGUCAGUGUGGAUAGCGUGAAGGCAUAUGUGGGAAGCAAUGAUGUGGAACGACUCCUUAACACUUCUCACCUCAGGAUUGCCUCAAUUCAUCCUCAUCCUCAAUACAAUAGUGCAUCUGGCACUAACUUCAACCAUGACAUUGCCCUGAUCAAACUUCACGAGCCGCUCACAUUUAACAAGCUUGUCAUGCCCCUGUGUCUUCCAGCAAAUGGCGCAAAAUACCAAAGUGGGGGCAAAAUGGGGGUGGUCUCAGGUUUUGGGGUGACGGAGGAGUAUUUCAUCAGUAACACGCUCAAGUACCUGGAGCUCCCUCUGGUGGAUCAAGGCAAAUGCAGAGAUUCCAUUGCUGAAAAAACAAAAAAUGGAGGACAAGCCCCCGUUUUGACUGACAACAUGUUCUGUGCUGGAUUCCCAGAGGGGACCAGGGACACCUGCCGAGGGGACAGUGGAGGAGCUUUGGCCUUGAGGGAGAAGGAGCAGGAGCCGUACUGGGCUGCCGGGAUUGUUAGCUGGGGUUUUAAUUGUGGGAUUAAGGGUGUUUACGGGGUUUAUACCCGUGUUGGGAAUUACCUUGAUUGGAUAAAGAAAACAAUGGAGGAAAUUUAAAGAGGUAAACAGUCAAGUGAACCAUAAUUUUAGUUGCCAGAUAGACCAGUAACUGCUUGGCUGCAACAACAGUACAAUUUAUAAU